AUGGCAAUGAUUCGGCUCUGGGCGAGGAUGUGUACGCGCUCUGCUUUAUCUGAAGAACUGCAAAUAUUGACCCGCGUUCGCAGUGCCCUUUCAACAUCCUCCAUCGCCUCCACCAUUCUCGAGUAUCGCAAGCUACAUGGACGGACGUACCAUAACUUCAAGGACGUUGAAUAUUGGGGACCUAAUGACGAGCAGCAGAACGACGGCCUUGAUCUGAACCACCACAAGUUAUAUCUCGCGUUUGACAACAAACUCUUCUUCGCGCCACUGCGAAACCCGCAAAAGGUUCUUGAUGUCGGCACCGGAACGGGCAUUUGGGCCAUGUACGACAACCACGUUUGUCAUGGUAGUCGCCAUGUCUACACUGAAUCUGUUACUAACCUCGCAACCAGUGAUUUCGCAACCGAGUUCCCUGAAGCAGAAGUAAUUGGGACUGAUCUCUCGCCGACGCUACCCAAUUGGGUGCCACCAAACUGCAUAUUUGAGCUGGACGAUGCCUCGCAGGACUGGACAUUCCCAGACAAUACAUUCGACUACAUACAUAUCCGGUUCAUGGCAGGAUGCUUUAAAGACUGGACGAAGCUGUACAGCGAAUGCUUUCGGUGUCUCAAGCCCGGCGGCUGGCUGGAGCACCAAGAAUGCGACUUCCGGGUCGUAUCAGACGACGGGUCCAUCCCGCCGGAUAACGCCUUCAACGAGGCGGCAAGUCUGUUUGCCGAGACGGGCAGGAGGUCCGGCCAUACGACUGAGGUUAUCAACGACGAUAAUUGGUUCAAGUGGAUGGAGGAGGCUGGGUUCCGCGAGGUUCAGAAAAAAACCAUCAAGACACCCAUGGGCGAGUGGCCGGCUGACAAGAAGUGGAAAGAGGUAGGGCUAUUCAAUAGGAUAACUACAGAGACGGCGCUAGAAGGCUACUUUCUCUACAAGCUGACCAAGGUCAUGGGUUGGGAGUAUGCAGAGGUGCAGUCGUGGCUGGCAAGAGUCCGAGAGGCGUUGAGGAAUAAGGCUUACCAUGGUUAUUCUACGUGGUGA